CUCAUCACAUGAGUUUGUCAAAUGUUUAAAUAAAAUUGAAUGAAAAAUUCACAAUAAUUGUUUUAUUUUUAAUCGAAGACUGCGCCACUAGCCGAAUUAAAUCCAUUAAGGUUAUGCGCCAAUAUGUUUUUAAAAAAUAAAAUUAAAAAAAGAUCAUAUACAAAGUAGAUAGUCCAGUAUUCAGUAAGCAAGAAGUAAGAGUAGCAUGCUAUUCUGAACUUCAGGUCCUCUACCUUCCUCUAAUUCAUCCUCUGCAUAUAUAGAACUGGUACUUUUCUCUCUCUUCCCUCAUUUGUGCCCAAGUUCGAGUUGCAAAUCCUUCACGAAUAAAACUAAAAAUUCAUUUUGUCUGACCCCAAAUCAGAGGGUUUGUGCACCAUGGGCUUUAUUACAUACUGAGCUUAAACUGUGUUGUGGAGGAGGAUGGGUAUUAUUAUCCUGAGCUUCCCACCCAGCUAUAAAAACUACAUCGCUGCUCUAGAGUAGAUCCACCUCCUCUCUCUCUCUCUCUCUCUCUCUCUCUCUCUCUCCUCCUUCCUGUCAGCUUCCACACAAACCUCUCAGUCUGUCCGCGUGUGCCGUUGUUUUGGGCUUGUAGUUGGAUGCUCGUCUCUGCGUUUUUGUGAAUGGAGAGGAGCCGCUCGGGCAGACAGGAUGGACAGGCGUCUUUGUGUCCCUCAGAGACGGAGAUGAGACCGGCUCGGGUCUGAGACGACACUUAGUCCUGGAAUAAAUCACACAUACACUUACACACACCUGAGGAUCUGCACGGAUUCCCCGGAGAAGAUGGCGCGCACAGACGAGGACCUGAUCGGAAUCCCCUUCCCGAACCACAGCAACGACGUCCUGUGCAGUCUUAACGAGCAGCGGCGGGACGGGCUGCUUUGCGACGUCAUCCUAGUCGUCAGGGACCAGGAGUACCGCACCCAUCGCUCCGUCCUGGCCGCCUGCAGCCAGUACUUCAAAAAACUCUUCACGGUGGCCACCGGCUCCAGUCGGGACUCCAACACGCACGCCAUCUACGAGCUGGACUUUGUGGCGCCGGAAUCGCUGACGGCCAUUCUGGAGUUUGCGUACACGUCGACGCUGACGGUGACCGCAUCCAACGUCAAGGAGAUCCUGAGUGCCGCGAGGCUCCUGGAAAUUCCCUGCAUCAUAAACGUGUGCCUGGAAAUCAUGGACACGGGAGGAGGGGGAGAAGGAGGAGGACCUGCAGAAGGAGACGAGUUUGAGGGGGAUGAUGAGGAAGACGAGGACGAAGAGGAAGAGGAGGAAAUGGAGGAGGAGGUCGACUCCAAAGAUGGAGAAUUUGAGGACAACAACAGUGAGAAGUCCGCGCAAGGCGAUGGGGCUGAAAACCAAGAGCGACAAAAAGUUUGGGAGGACAGGCGAGCGGAGAGUCCACCCUGCAGCUCGCAACAAGAGGCGCCGAACCCGGACAGGGACGGCCAAGAAUCCCAAAGACGCUCAUUGGACACUCCGGAAGCCCCUCAUGCUGAGAAACCCAGAGGGCCGGAGGGAUUGGAGGGCCGGGCGCUGAAGGACUUCUCCAUAGAGUCCUUACUUCAAGAGGGAUUGUAUCCGAAAGUGCCGGGCCUGGAAAGAGGAGCCGGAUUCUCGCCCCUUCUCCCAGGCUUCUAUCCUCCAAUGUGGGCUGCAGAAUUCCCAGGCUACCCUCAGAUUCUGGAGCCCCGACACCCUUUUCCCGCCGCGUCGCUGGAAAACAGCCCUCUGGACCUUGCGGUCAAGAAAGAAGUCAUCAAAGAAGAGUUAAAGGAUGAACCCACGAACCCUGUCCUUCACAGAGAUUUCCUCAAAGACUUCAUGAGUCCAGGUUUGGGUAUGACCUCUGACCCCGCUCUCGGCCCGAUCAAAGAGGGAGCCGACUUGCGGUCGUACCUGAGCUUUCUUUCCGCCUCCCAUCUCGGGACACUGUUUCCUCCGUGGCAGCUGGAGGAGGAGAGGAAGAUGAAGCCCAAAGCGUCACAGCAGUGCCCGAUCUGCAACAAGGUGAUUCAAGGAGCGGGAAAGCUGCCCCGGCACAUGCGGACACACACAGGAGAGAAGCCCUACAUGUGCACCAUCUGCGAGGUCCGCUUCACCAGGCAAGACAAACUGAAGAUUCACAUGCGCAAGCACACCGGCGAGAGGCCCUACAUCUGCCUGCACUGCAACUCCAAGUUCGUUCACAACUACGACCUGAAGAACCACCUGCGCAUCCACACGGGCGUGAGGCCAUACCAGUGUGAGCACUGCUACAAGAGCUUCACGCGCUCCGACCACCUGCACCGACACAUCAAGCGGCAGAGCUGCCGCGUCUCGCGCCCGCGACGGGGCCGAAAGCCCUCCGCCUGGCGGUCCACCAACUUCCUCUUCCCGCAGGAUCCCAACGGCAUGCAAGCGGACAGGACCAUGCGGAUUCCCACCACCGGCAGCGACGCCCCCUUACUGGCUCAGCUGGCUGAGAAACAGCAGCCACCGGGAGGGAAAACGACGGAGGACGUGGACGACAGCCGGGAGACGGACAGGAAGCUCAUUUCAGAGGAUGUGAAUAGGAAGCGGGGAGUGUUCGCUUUUGCCGUGGCGACGGAGGACGUUCUGCCCCACCCGCCCUUUUAUUCAGCGGCCUCUGACCCCUGGGCCAUGAGACUGGAACGAGCCCCGCCCAUUCCGGAGGCCGCAAAGUGACUUUUCCGUUAAUUCCUGAGCUCUGAUUGGCUCACCUUGAAACAGCUGCUCGCUUCGGACGCCACAAGGAGAAGUCUCGGGUUCAGACUCUGUAAUAUUAAAAAUAAAAGAAUUACUUUUUUUUUUUUUUUUGUUCGUUUCGUAAGUCAGCUUCCAAAUGGGAUGACAGGGAUUUUAAAUACUUUUUAAAUGACUAGAUUUGGAUGUGCAUUUGUUAAUGCUGUUUUUGAUGCUUCAGCGUUUGCUAACAAUGUUGAUAUGCUCAUAGACUGUUCAGUGCAAUGGAGUAUGUGAAAAUCGAAUGCAAAAAAUUUGACAAUCAGGUAUGCAGAAAGAAAAAUAAGUCCUGCUGAUAUAAGCUAGAAGCUUUGAUGUUUGCAUUGCAUUGUCUGAUAAUGGUUUUCAGUAAAGCUAAAUCCUGAACACAGGAAAAAUUUAGGGAUGCAACGAUAUGAAAAUUUCGGCCGAUACCGAUAAUUCUUUAUAUUUGAAAGCCGAUAACCGAUAUAUUGGCCGAUAAAUCUAAAUCAAACUUUUUUAUAUAAUUUUUUGAGAGCCUGAUUACAAAAUCAAAAGUUUCACCAUUAAAAGUCAUGUCCCAAACACACAAUUAUGAUGUUCUCAUUUUAAUAUUAUGUAGUUUAUACGACAGACUUGUGCUGCACAUGUUGAACUUGACUGUAUUUGACUUUUUGAAGUGAUUUCAAUCAUAUUUCAAGCAAUUCAAAAGUGGGCAUCUGAAGGGAAUAAUCCAUUAUUUAUUGGCUUUAAUAUAUCGGUCAAAUUUUCUUAUCGGGCCGAUAAUGAUAACAUUAAAAAUGAACAUAUAUCGGUCGAUACCGAUAUGGUGGCCGAUAUAUCGUGCAUCCCAAAAUUACAAACCUACACAUUGUACAUCCACUAUGCAAAAUACAAAAGCUUUUAGAAUUACCACAGAAAACACAAAGACAAAUUAAUCAGAAAAAAGUCUCAGGAAUUGGAAAGAAUUUUUAACACGCACAAAAAAAAAAAAAAAAAUUUACAUUUUCAUGUUACACAUAAUAAGAUGUCAAACCAAUCUGCAGUAACUUCUCAUAAUUACUUUCAGGAUUGAAAUUAUUUAUAUUGUGCAUCUCAGAUUGACCCUUGAUUGAAUCAAACGCUCUUAAAAUAAUAAUUUGUAUAGAUGGCUUUCAGGUUCUACAGUACAAUUGUUCAUUAUCGCAAGUAUUUCUAUACUGAACAUUGUAAAACAUCCAAAGAUGUGUUGUUAGAGAACAAACUUGAAAUCCAUUGUUUUCACCUCUCUUUUUUUCACAUAUGAAGUGUCUUGAUGUGUACAGGAAACUAAAACGGGGGGAAAAAACGUCCACAACUUUCACAUCUGAAUGGCUAGAGAAAUUCAGCAUUGUUUAAACUGAAACAAAAAAAAAAUAUUUUCAUGCUAUUUAUGCAUAUUUAAAUAAGCCUUGGCUAUAUUUUACUAAGAGGUUUUAUAAGACACUAACACAUCUGGUUUAUCUGAGAGGGGGCGUGUUUUUCCAAGAGAUAAUGCGUGGCAAUGCGUAUCUGACAUCAAACCCUCAAAACAAUACUGAAAUAAAAAGCAUUUAACAGAUAAAAAAAGCACACAUUUUCCCCUUCAAGACUUUCUUCUAAAACACCCACAAAACAAAAUACCAGUCUAACAGUACUCCAAAAAGUACUCCAAAUGAGAAUUGACAUGAAAAUUUGAUAUCUCUGCACUUGACGAGGCAUUUAAAAUGUUUUUAUCUUGGUGUGCAAAAUGCAAAGAUGUUUCAAUGGCCAUGUACAGUGAAGGUGCUUAAAGAUUUGUAUAUAUAUAUGAAGCCCUUCUGUGGCUACUGGUGGGAACUUACUUGCACUAUUUGUUUGAUGAUGUUUUGAUAUUGGUUACAAUAUAUUGCUAUUUCUUAAAGAUUUAAAAGCAUACAAAAAAAAUAUCACAGAACAUGUCUGAGAUAUGCACUUUACUCCUCUUUAAGGCCGUAAUAAGGAGCCCUGAAAGGGACAUGGUGAAGGAAAAAAAAAUGAAAUGUGAGGAAAACACAUAUUUCAAUGCUUUUGCGUCCCCUCGAGAAACUUUCAUUGCAAUAUGCGUUUGCAAUAUGCGUUUUCCCAACACCGCAGUGUCUCUUUAGGGGCUCCGUACCGCGGCAAUUUCAGUAAAAGUCAUUUUUAUAAAUGUGUGUGGUAUUUGUAUAUUAGAUUAAUCCCUGGUAAACAGAAUCAAAUUAAUUCAAGAACUGGAAUACAAAUAAAAAAAGCUUUUUUCAAGAA